AUGCGGGUGAUAAAAGCAGCUGGAACAGGGGCACAUUACACUGAUCCGCCUCUGGCUGCUCACUGCUCCGCCACAAUGAAGCUGAAAACUGCAGAUAUGUGGAUUCUCACUGUGGUCAUCUCACUGUUUGUGGAAGUGCGCACGGCUCACAAGAUGAAAAUCCACUGGGGUCCACAGUCCAUGAUGUACCUCAAAGGCAAACAUGGUCGGAGGUUUGUGUCGGAGCAGGACGGUCGGAUCAUGAGUCUGCAGGACUGGAACAUGCUUCUCAAAGGAGUGCAGCCAGUGGAAUUCAGCAAACCUCGUCAAUUUGUGAGCGCUGAAAAGGUCCUAAUCCAGUAUCUUCUGGAGAGAUGA